AUGAGCUCACCACCUGAUAACUCUGCAGAGUACUUGAAUGACUCUGCCAAAUUGUUUGAUUCCUCAAGUGAUGAAGAGGUAGUUUACUCAUACACAACUUACAAUCGUGUUGAACCAAUAAAGAAUCAUAAUGAUAUCAAAUCCAUUCAGGUUAGAUUGCCACAGAAGCAUUCUUUGUGGGCACAUUUGUCUUGGAAUGCCGGUGUCGCUCUGUCCGACUACCUCGAGGCCACCGUUGACUUUACAAACAAGACUGUAUUGGAGUUGGGUUCAGGUGCAGGACUACCAUGCUACAUGGCAACAUUGAAUGGUGGAUCUAGGGUUGUAAUGACAGACUAUCCAGACAAGACACUGAUCGAUAACUUACAAUACAAUAGAGAUAAUACAUUGCCAUCUUCAAUAACAGAUAACAAAUUGUUGGCUGUUCCACAUCUUUGGGGCAAUGAACCAGAGACUUUGAAUCAACUAUUGGACAACCCAGCGAACAAGUACGACAUUAUCAUUCUGUCGGACCUCAUCUUCAAUCACCAAGCUCACUUCAACAUGUUGAAAACAUGUGCCGCAUGUCUAAGCGACAAUGGAAUAAUAUAUGUGUCAUUUACUCAUCACAGACCACACCGAAGAGAGAAGGAUCUAAACUUCUUUACAGUUGCAGCAGAGGCACCAUUCAAUUUCAUCGUGGAGAAGUUCAUGGAAAGACUUAUGAAGCCAAUGUUUGAGGUGGACUUGGGUUGUGAGGUCACCAGGUCAACUGUCAACUUCUACACCAUGAGGAAACAACCACAACAGUCCUCCUCCUCAUGA